UCUCCCAACUGUAUAUUUGUCGACCCCCUCGUCUCGGCGCAGGAGUAUGGCUAUGCUACGGCGAGAUGCGAUUGUGCGAAAAACAUCGCGACCUGUCUCGGCUACGAAUGCUUUUCUUACUACGUCGUUCCCUGGAAACUUCAUGGCUGAUGUAGAGCAGGAUGACAUGAAGAAGGACUUGAACGAAGAUGAUGACGAGAACGAAAGCCCACUCUCGUCUUCCUGCGAGUUUUUGGAAUCCGUGAACUCGGUAAUAGCAGAUGUGGUGGAUGGGCAGAAGUACUUGAAAGAGACGGGUAGGACGAAGCCUCGGCCCAUGAAGCGGCGCUCCUUGGUGGUAUGCAUGGUUAUGAGCGCCAUUCAACCCUAUUUGAGUGAUGUCGAGAAUAGGAUGGGAAAUCUGAGACGAACCACGUCGUCGAGUUUUGCCAAAACUUGUCGACUUGUGUCGCAGCUCUCGUUUGGUGCCUCCAAAACCUUGAGUAGCAUCGUUGACGACCAGAGGAAAUCUGAAGCGGAGCAAUGUGUCCCAGCAGCUGCUUAACGAUGAUCCCUGCACUGUUUGGGACCUUUGGAACCCAACCUGAUUCGCCACUUAGUCAACUAUGUUUAUGCCGCAAACACUUAGACUGAAUUGGGAGAUCUUGACGCUGUCUAGAGGCUUGUAAAUAGAUAGCACAGUUUUGCCAGAACUAUUAUGAUGAGGAAAUUGUACAUUCGGAAUCUGUGAAUAUCUCUUGCAUCUAAUGUUAUUACUUCGCACACAAAUUGUGUGCAGCAUUUGUAUAA